AUGCACGCGGCGGCGGAACGCACCCACGCGCAGCAAUGGUCGCUCUCGUCUGCCUCCUCCGCGCGACUCCCGGCGCGCAUUGCCAACCCUCCGCGCCUUUCCGAACCUCCUCGCGUCUCCAACCCUCCGCGCUUGAAAGACCCGCCCCGGCGGACUGCCGCUCCGCCGUCCGCGCCGUCCGCCACUUCCACGCCAUCCGGGGGCUUUCCCGGGGACUCCGCACCAGCCCCGCGUCCCCUUACGGCGCAGAGCGCGGCGGAGAGGGGCGUGCGUGCGGUGUACGAGGCUCUGUCAGCGCGCGAGAGGCGCAAGUUGCGCGCCGCGCUGUUCCCCCUACGAGCGCGCGCGGCGGAGUCGGCGAGCGCGGUGUGGCAGGAGAGCUGGGGGGUGGUGGCGCGCCUCGUUGCUGCGGAGUUGGUGCGCGCAGCCCCACGUGCUCGCGCCUCCCCACACCACUCCCUCCCUCUCUCUUUCCCUAGCUCUACCCCCACCUUUCUCUCCCCCACAUUUACCCCCCCAGCACUCUCACUCCACUUUUUCCCCCCCACCUUUUUCCUCUCACCUCUCUCCCCGCACCUCUCCCCACCUGUCUCCCCCCACCACUCUCCCUCCUUCUCCCCACCCCACAUUACUCCCCACCUCCGCACCACACCACCCUCCUGCUGCCCCGUCGCCUCCUUGUCUGAGCCCAAUCCCUUCCCUUCUCCCCCCCCCAACCAUCGCCCCUCUCCCCGCCUCCCUUCCCCGCAUCCGUCUCUGCCUCCCCCUUUCCAGGGUGAACCGGACACAGGGGAGGAACAAGGGGGGCGGCGGGCGGGGGGGCGCAGAGGAGCGGGUUGUGAUGCGGAAGCACAGGGGGUUGGGGAGAGAGGACGGAAGGAGGCAAGACGGCUGCGAAUGGAAGAGCAGAAGCAGGUGUUAACUGUGGUGGAGGUGUUAUCUGAGGGGGUGGUGAGGGCGGGGAGAGGCGCAGUGGCGGCGGGGGAGGUGGAGGAGCUGGUGUGGGCGGCGUUCGUGAAGAGCCACGAGGCUGUGCUCACCCCGGAGCACUGGACCAGCUUUGUCCCUCUGCUGCUCAAACUGGUGGCGAGGCACGGAGCGCUGCUAUUGGGCAAGCGCAGCAACGGGCGGCUGGCGAAGAACAUGACGCACUGGCUGCUGCACUGCGCUGUCUUCGCUGCCCACGCUGCCGUGCGCGAGAGGGCGCUCGUGGGACUGCUGCUCCUCAUCGCCCAACUUCUCCGUCCCUCUCUCCCUCUCCCUCCCUCUCCCUCCCUCUCCCUCACUCUCCCUCCCUCUCCCUCCCUCUCCCUCCCUCUCCCUCCCUCUCCCUCCCUCUCCCUCCCUAUCCCUCCCUCCCUCCCUCCCUCCCUCCCUCCCUCCCUCCCUCCCACCCUCCCUCCCUCCCUCCAUCCCUCCCUCCCUCCCUCUCUCCCUCUCUCCCUCUCUCCCUCCCUCCCUCCCUCCCUCCCUCCCUCCCUCCCUCCCUCCCUCCCUCCCUCCCUCCCUCCCUCCCUCCCUCCCUCCCUCCAUCCCUCCCUCUCUCCCUCUCUCCCUCCCUCCCUCCCUCCCUCCCUCCCUCCCUCCCUCCCUCCCAUCCCCCUCCCUACCUCCCUCCCUCCCUCCCUCCCUCCCUCCCUCCCUCCCUCCCUCCCUCCCUCCCUCCCUCCCUCCCUCCCUCCCUCCCUCCAUCCCUCCAUCCCUCCCUCCCUCCCUCUCUCCCUCUCUCCCUCUCUCCCUCCCUCCCAUCCUCCCUCCCUCCCUCCCUCCCUCCCUCCCUCCCUCCCUCCAUCCCUCCCUCUCUCCCUCUCUCCCUCCCUCCCUCCCUCCCUCCCUCCCAUCCCCCUCCCUCCCUCCCUCCCUCCGUCCCUCUCUCCCUCUCUCCCUCCCUCCCAUCCUCCCUCCCUCCCAUCCUCCCUCCCUCCCUCCCUCCCUCCCACCCUCCCUCCCUCCCUCUCUCCCUCUCUCCCUCUCUCCCUCCCUCCCAACCUACCUCCCUCCCUCCCUCCCUCCCUCCCUCCCUCCAUCCCUCCCUCCCUCCCUCUCUUCCUCUCUCCCUCCCUCCCUCCCUCCCUCCCUCCCUCCCUCCCUCCCUCCCUCCCUCCCUCCCUCCCUCCCUCCUCCCUCCCUCCAUCCCUCCCUCUCUCCCUCUCUCCCUCCCUCCCUCCCUCCCUCCCAUCCCCCUCCCUCCCUCCCUCCCUCCCUCCCUCCCUCCCUCACUCCCUCCCUCCCUCCCUCCCUCCCUCCCUCCCUCCCUCCCUCCCUCCCUCCCUCCCUCCAUCCCUCCCUCCCUCCCUCCCUCCCUCCCUCCCUCCCUCCCUCCCUCCCUCCCUACCUCCCUCCCUCCCUCCCUCCAUCCCUCCCUCUCUCCCUCUCUCCCUCCCUCCCUCCCUCCCUCCCUCCCAUCUCCCUCCCUCCCUCCCUCCCUCCCUCCCUCCCUCCCUCCCUCCCUCCAUCCCUCCAUCCCUCCCUCCCUCCCUCUCUCCCUCUCUCCCUCUCUCCCUCCCUCCCUCCCUCCCUCCCUCCCUCCCUCCCUCCCUCCCUCCCUCCCUCCCUCCAUCCCUCCCUCUCUCCCUCUCUCCCUCCCUCCCUCCCUCCCUCCCAUCCCCCUCCCUCCCUCCCUCCCUCCGUCCCUCUCUCCCUCUCUCCCUCCCUCCCAUCCUCCCUCCCUCCCAUCCUCCCUCCCUCCCUCCCUCCCUCCCACCCUCCCUCCCUCCCUCUCUCCCUCUCUCCCUCUCUCCCUCCCUCCCAACCUACCUCCCUCCCUCCCUCCCUCCCUCCCUCCCUCCAUCCCUCCCUCCCUCCCUCUCUUCCUCUCUCCCUCCCUCCCUCCCUCCCUCCCUCCCUCCCUCCCUCCCUCCCUCCCUCCCUCCCUCCCUCCAUCCCUCCCUCUCUCCCUCUCUCCCUCCCUCCCUCCCUCCCUCCCAUCCCCCUCCCUCCCUCCCUCCCUCCCUCCCUCCCUCACUCCCUCCCUCCCUCCCUCCCUCCCUCCCUCCCUCCCUCCCUCCCUCCUCCCUCCCUCCCUCCCUCCCUACCUCCCUCCCUCCCUCCCUCCAUCCCUCCCUCUCUCCCUCUCUCCCUCCCUCCCUCCCUCCCUCCCUCCCUCCCUCCCUCCCUCCCUCCCUCCCUCCCUCCCUCCCUCCCUCCCUCCCUCUCUCCCUCUCUCCCUCUCUCCCUCCCUCCCAUCCUCCCUCCCUCCCUCCCUCCCUCCCUCCCUCCCUCCCUCCCUCCCUCCCUCCCUCCCUCCCUCCCUCCCUCCCUCCCUCCCUCCCUCCCUCCCUCCCUCCCUCCCUCCCACCCUCCCUCCCUCCCUCUCCCCCUCUCUCCCUCUCUCCCUCCCUCCCAUCCCCCUCCCUCCCUCCCUCCCUCCCUCCCUCCCUCCCUCCAUCCCUCCCUCCCUCCCUCUCUCCCUCCCUCCCUCCCUCCCUCCCUCCCUCUCUACCUCUCUCCCUCCCUCCCUCCCUCCCUCCCUCCCUCCCUCCCUCCCUCCCUCCCUCCCUCCCUCCCUCCCUCCCUCCCUCCCUCCCUCCCUCCCUCCCUCCCUCCAUCCCUCCCUCUCUCCCUCUCUCCCUUCAUGAAGAAGGGCAGCACACCCAUGGGCAGCAUCCAUGGGCAGCAUCCAUGGGCAGCGUCCAUGGGCAGCAUCCUGGGCAGCAUCCAUGGGCAGCAUCCAUGGCGCAUCCAGGCAGCAUCCAUGGGCGCAUCCAUGGGCAGCAUCCAUGGCAGCAUCCAUGGGCAGCAUCCAUGGGCAGCAUCCAUGGGCAGCAUCCAUGGGCAGCAUCCAUGGGCAGCAUCCAUGGGCAGCAUCCAUGGGCAGCAUCCAUGGGCAGCAUCCAUGGGCAUCUAUCCAUGGGCAGCAUCCAUGGCAGCAUCCAUGUGGCAGCAUCCAUGGGCAGCAUCCAUGGGCAAGCAUCCAUGGGCAGCAUCCAUGGGCAGCAUUCCAUGGGCAGCAUCCAUGGGCAGCAUCCAUGGGCAGCCAUGCCAUCGCAUGGGCGAGCAUCCAUGGGCAGCAUCCAUGGGCAGCAUCCAUGGGCAGCAUCCAUGGGCAGCAUCCAUGGGCAGCAUCCAUGGGCAGCAUCCAUGGGCAGCAUCCAUGGGCAGCAUCAUGGGCAGCAUCCAUGGGCAGCAUCCAUGGGCAGCAUCCAUGGUCAGCAUCCAUGGCAGCAUCCAUGGGCAGCAUCCAUGGCAGCAUCCAUGGGCAGCAUCCAUGGGCAGUCCAGGUCAGCAUCCAUGGGCAGCAUCCAUGGGCAGCAUCCAUGGGCAGCAUCCAUGGGCAGCAUCCAUGGGCAGCAUCCAUGGGCAGCAUCCAUGGGCCAGCAUCCCAUGGGCAGCAUCCAUGGGCAGCAUCCAUGGGCAGCAUCCAUGGGCAGCAUCCAUGGGCAGCAUUCAUGGGCAGUCAUCCAUGGGCAGCAUCCAUGGGCAGCAUCAUGGGCAGCAUCCAGGGCAGCAUCCAUGGGCAGCAUCCAUGGGCAGGCAUCAUGGGCAGCAUCCAUGGGCCAGCAUCCAUGGGCAGCAUCCAUGGGCAGCAUCCAUGGGCAGCAUUCCAUGGCAGCACCAUGGGGCAGCAUCCAUGGGCAGCAUCCAUGGGCAGCAUCCAUGGGCAGCAUCCAUGGGCAGCAUCCAUGGGCAGCAUCCAUGGGCAGCAUCCAUGGGCAGCAUCCAUGGGCAGGCAUCCAUGGGCAGCAUCCAUGGCAGCAUCCAUGGGCAGCAUCCAUGGGCAGCAUCCAUGGGCAGCAUCCAUGGGCAGCAUCCAUGGGCAGCAUCCAUGGGCAGCAUCCAUGGGCAUCAUCCAUGGGCAGCAUCCAUGGGCAGCAUCCAUGGGCAGCAUCCAUGGGCAGCAUCCAUGGGCAGAUCCAUGGGGCAGCAUCAUGGGCAGCAUCCAUGGGCAGCAUCCAUGGGCAGCAUCCAUGGGCAGUCAUCCAUGGGCAGCAUCCAUGGGCAGCAUCCAUGGCAUCAUCCAAUGGGCGCAGCAUCCAUGGGCCAGCAUCCAUGGUGCAGCCAUCCAUGGGCAGCAUCCAUGGGCAGCAUCCAUGGGCAGCAUCCAUGGGCAGCAUCCAUGGGCAGCAUCCAUGGGCAGCAUCCAUGGCAGCAUCCAUGGGCAGCAUCCAUGGGCAGCAUCCAUGGGCAGCAUCCAGUGGUCCAGCCAUCCAUGGGGCAGCAUCCAUGGGCAGCAUCCAUGGGCAGCAAUCCAUGGGCAGCAUCCAUGGGCAGCAUCCAUGGGCAGCAUCCCAUGGGCCAGCAUCCAUGGGCAGCAUCCAUGGGCAGCAUCCAGGGCAGCAUCCAUGGGCAGCAUCCAUAGGCAGCAUCCAUGGGCAGCAUCCAUGGGCAGCAUCCAUGGGCAGCAAUCCAUGGGCAGCAUCCAUGGGCAGCCAUCCAUGGGCAGCAUCCAUGGGCAGCAUCCAUGGGCAGCAUCCCAUGGGCAGCAUCCAUGGGCAGCAUCCAUGGGCAGCAUCCAUGGGCAGCAUCCAUGGGCAGCAUCCAUGGGCAGCAUCCAUGGGCAGCAUCCAUGGGCAGCAUCCAUGGGCAGCAUCCAUGGGCAGCAUCCAUGGGCAGCAUCCAUGGGCAAGCAUCCAUGGGCAGCAUCCAUGGGCAGCAUCCAUGGGCAGCAUCCAUGGGCAGCAUCCAUGGGCAGCAUCCAUGCAGCAUCCAUGGGCAGCAUUCCAUUGGGCAGCAUCCAUGGGCAGCAUCCAUGGGCAGCAUCCAUGGGCAGCAUCCAUGGUGGCAGCAUCCAUGGGCAGCAUCCAUGGGCAGCAUCCAUGGGCAGCAUCCAUGGGCAGCAUCCAUGGGCAGCAUCCAUGGGCAGCAUCCAUGGAGCAUCCAUGGGCGCAUCCAUGGGCAGCAUCCAUGGGCAGCAUCAUGGGCAGCAUCCAUGGGCAUCCAUGGCAGCAUCCAUGGGCAGCAUCCAUGGGCAGCAUCCAUGGGCAGCAUCCAUGGGCAGCAUCCAUGGGCAGCAUCCAUGGGCAGCAUCCAUGGGCAGCAUCCAUGGGCAGCAUCCAUGGGCAGCAUCCAUGGGCAGCAUCCAUGGGCAGCAUCCAUGGGCAGCAUCCAUGGGCAGCAUCCAUGGGCAGCAUCCAUGGGCAGCAUCCAUGGGCAGCAUCCAUGGGCAGCAUCCAUGGGCAGCAUCCAUGGGCAGCAUCCAUGGGCAGCAUCCAUGGGCAGCAUCCAUGGGCAGCAUCCAUGGGCAGCAUCCAUGGGCAGCAUCCAUGGGCAGCAUCCAUGGGCAGCAUCCAUGGGCAGCAUCCAUGGGCAGCAUCCAUGGGCAGCAUCCAUGGGCAGCAUCCAUGGGCAGCAUCCAUGGGCAGCAUCCAUGGGCAGCAUCCAUGGGCAGCAUCCAUGGGCAGCAUCCAUGGGCAGCAUCCAUGGGCAGCAUCCAUGGGCAGCAUCCAUGGGCAGCAUCCAUGGGCAGCAUCCAUGGGCAGCAUCCAUGGGCAGCAUCCAUGGGCAGCAUCCAUGGGCAGCAUCCAUGGUCAGCAUCCAUGGGCAGCAUCCAUGGGCAGCAUCCAUGGGCAGCAUCCAUGGGCAGCAUCCAUGGGCAGCAUCCAUGGGCAGCAUCCAUGGCAGCAUCCUGGCAGCAUCCAUGGGCAGCAUCCAUGGGCAGCAUCCAUGGGCAGCAUCCAUGGGCAGCAACCAUGGGCAGCAUCCAUGGGCAGCAUCCAUGGGCAGCAUCCAUGGGCAGCAUCCAUGGGCAGCAUCCAUGGGCAGCAUCCAUGGGCAGCAUCCAUGGGCAGCAUCCAUGGGCAGCAUCCAUGGGCAGCAUCCAUGGGCAGCAUCCAUGGCACAAAGCUGUUCCGUGAUGCCAAGCCACACCGUGACUCAGUGAGGGAGAGUGGGACAGUCGCUGCCAUCACCGUCUCCCUCACUCUCUCCUCUAUCGACCUCCUCACUCGCCCCUGCACUCCCCUCUACCCUCCUCACUCCCCUUCCUCGAUCCUCCCCCUCUCUCCCGACUUGCCCCUCUCCACGCAUCCGGCUGUGGAGUUCAUCCAACCCACUCACCCCACUCUUCCUGCUCCCGCUGCUCUCAAGCCUCCUCCGGGAUGGAAAGGAGGGGCGCUCACAGCAGGUGGUGCUGCUGAUGGUGCUUUUGCUCCUUACGGUGAUUAUCAGCAGCAGCAGCAGCAGCAGCAGCAGCAGCAGCAGCAGCAGCAGCAGCAGCAGCAGCAGCAGCAGCAGCAGCAGCAGCAGCAGCAGCAGCAGCAGCAGCAGCAGCAGCAGCAGCAGCAGCAGCAGCAGCAGCAGCAGCAGCAGCAGCAGCAGCAGCAGCAGCAGCAGCAGCAGCAGCAGCAGCAGCAGCAGCAGCAGCAGCAGCAGCAGCAGCAGCAGCAGCAGCAGCAGCAGCAGCAGCAGCAGCAGCAGCAGCAGCAGCAGCAGCAGCAGCAGCAGCAGCAGCAUCAACGGCAUCGUCGGUCCUUCUCUCUUGCUCCUGACGCUCUCAGCAGCCACACAGCAGCAUCGUUCUCCCCCUUACCCCCUCCUCCUGGCUCUGCCGCCGCCACUGCUGCUGCUGCCACUGGCACUGCCUCUGCAACCGCUCACAACCCCCUUCAACACCUCAACAACAGUAGCAGCAACAGUGGCGCACAGCACGCAUCACACACGCGAUCCCACAGCCACGGAGGCGGGCUGCUGCUCCCCGCCUCACACCACGCCCAGCGCCCGCGAGUGGGACGCGCGCGAGCGGGCAGCGUGGGGGGCUGGGCUGACCUCACCGCGCAUGCCCUGCCUGGGUCAAGCGAGCGGCAGUGGCUUGAUGACGAGGGGCACAGCCUUGGCUCCGACGACAGGCACGGCCCUUCCACCGCCCGCAGCACGCACAGCCACGGCAUGCCGAGGGGUAGGGGGAGUGACUGGCAGCAUGGGGGAGAGGGGAGGGCAGAGGGACGAGGAGGCGGAAGGGGAGGCAAGGGGGAGCAAGAGCAGGAGCAAGAGAAGGAGCAGCAGCAAUCCUCCCUGUGGCCUUCCUCUGAUGUUUCCUCCGCCCCUCUUGCCUGCGUGGCCCUCGCUGCCUCGCACCCCCUCCGCCCUGCUUCUGGCGUCUCCUCUUUCACCCCCGCCUGGGACCCCUCCUCUCUACCUUUUUCCUGCCCGCCCUCCUUGGAAUCUGCUUACUCUGCCGCCUGCCCGCCUACUAAGGCGCCUGCUCCUGCUGCACUACCAGCUAUGGCCCAAUCCGUGCAGCUUGGCUCGGCAGCGGUGUUGGAUCCGGCCGGUAUAGGUCCGGCAGGGCUGCCUGUAGACGAGCCCAGGACAGGUCCGGGGAGACCCGGGAGGUUUGGCAGACGAGGAACGGAAGGGUGGGGGAAAGGGAGGAUAGUGGAGGAGGGGACGGAGGAUAUGAGUGAGAACUCUUGGGAAGAUGAACGGGGGAAUAGGGCUAUGAGGAGAGAUGGAGAAGGAGCAGAAGGAGGGGAAGAAGCACAAGGACAAGGGUGGAGUAAGCAGCGCGAGUGGGACAAGGAGCAUCAUGAACGGUUCAGAGCGGUGGUGAGGAUGGUGGGGUCGGGCACGCAGGGCAGGAGGUUGCUGGGGGCCGUGGGGCUGGGCGAGCAGGUGCUGGCAGACCUGGCGAGGCGCUGGCGGUGGCACGAGGUGAAGGCGCUCUCUGCCGUGCUGCGCCAUGCUGUGGACGCAUGGCAGGAGCAUGCUGACAUGGCCAGGGCGGCAGUGCAGGACCGACAAGCAGUGGUGGAGGGGUACCUGCAGUGCGCCGCUGCGUACUCGCACGUGCCCGACCUGCACGUGCUCUUGCUGCUGCGCCUCGCGCUCGCCCACCGCCACCUCGACCCCCUGGGAGGCACGGCGGAGGCGGGGCAGUGCUGCGUGGCCGCUGCUGCUGUGGCGCUGCAGUACCUGCUCGCCCUCCGCCCCCACCCGCCCCGGGAUCACUCUAGCAGUGACGGUGGCGAGGGUGAUGAUGGUGCCAUCGGCGCCCGCAGUGUCAUCACAAGCACCACCACCACCACCACCAGCACCAGCACCAGCAGCACUGCCACGACCAGUACAACAAUCACGAUGGGUGCAGGCACAAGAGGCAAUGAAGCAGGCGACGAGGCAGUGGCAGCGGGGUUCUUCUCACGCGCAGCUGGAGGGCAGCGCAGCAGCGGGGCGGUGUGGGGGCAGCAGCACGUGUCGGCGCUCGCUCGGGUGUGCCCCGACCUGCCCCUGCUCGCCCCAGGGCUGCUCCGAGCUGCCUCCAACCGAGCCACUGUGAGGAGCAAGAGGAGGAGCAAGGGGGGGCAGAAGAGCAGUGGCGGCAGCGGUGGAGAGGAGGAGGAGAGGGUGGUGGUGGCGGGGCGGGUGGCAGGGUACCUGCACGUCAACCCCCUCUUCAUUGCCUCGCUCCUCGAGGAAGCUUCCUGUCUCUUCGCCUCGGCCGGCCUGCAUUCCUUCGCCGUCCACCUGCAGGAGCUGCUGCUGCCCUUCUGGAAAGAGCAGGGAAACUUCUCCGCAGCUUCCCGCUGCCACCGGCGCUUGGCUGCGUCAUACCUGCUGCUGACUCAGAGGCCGGGAGGGGGCGGGGAGGAGGGGGUGAGGGAGAGCGGGUGCCACCAGUCCCUCCAGUCGAGUGUGCAGGGUGCGAGCUUCUUCCUGGUGGCCUUCUAUGGCGAGCGGUUUGGGGCGGAGUUCAACGGACGGCAGUUCGUGUACAAGGAGCCGCGAGACACGGCAGCAGGGGACCUGGUGAGGCGGCUGAAGGGCAUCUACGCCCGCAUCCUGGGCAGCAGCACCUCGCUGCGCAUUAUCACAUCGCCCAUAGUCACACCCGACGACCUGCGGCACUCACAGCUGUGCACCGUGCAGGUCGUGCCAGUCUACCCCGCUCCAGUUGACCCUCCCCCAGGCCUGCCUGAGGGGGAGGAGGGGCUGAGGGAUGGCAAGGAGGGCGCGGCGAGGGGCGACCUGGACGAGCUGUUUGGCGCCAGCGGCGGCGGCUGCGGGCCUCUCAGGAGCUUUCAGUUCAGCAUGCCGCCUUCGGCUCUUGCAGCUGCUGCUGCUGCUGCAGUUGAGGGGCUGGUGGAAGGGGGAGGCGAGGGGGGGGGCGGGGGAGGAGGUGACGAGGCUGCUGGAGCUGGGAUUUGGGGGCGCUGCGGGGGCAGGCUAUGGCAUGGGCAGCGGCGGUAUGGGCAGCGGCGGUAUGGGGGAUGUUUCCAGCGACAUUUGCAUGCGCGCUUCCCGUCGCUGCAGCUGCACUUGCCAGUGGUGGCCACCCACAGCAAGGAGGCGUCCCCCCUGGAGCUCGUCUUGGAUGAGAGCCUGCAGUGGACCCGGCGCCUCUCCCAGCUGGUUGCCACGUGGCGCGCUAAGACUGGCCGGAGCUUGGAGGCAGAUGGGAUGAAGAAGGGGGAUGGUGGGGGGAGAGGUGAGAGUGGUGUGCAAGGGUAUGAUUUGGAUGAGGAUGAUGUGUUGUGGGGGAUGGGGGGGCGGGGGCAGCGGGGGAGGCGGAGUGGGAGUGGCGGGGGGAAGGGUGAAAGGGGGGGAGUGUGGCGUGUGUUGCUGCAGGUGGCAGCAGCGAGCCUGGAUGCCAUGCAGGAGGUGCGGGCUCUUGAGCUGCUGCGCUCCCUCAAGGAGCGCCCUUCAGGGAGGGAGGGGGGAAAGGGUGGAGGAAGCGGAAGAGGAAGAGGGGAAGAUGAGGCAGGAGAGAUUGCGUGGACAGACGAGGGAGGAGAGAGAGGGACAGGCACAGGUACAGGGGAAGGCACAGGAGCAGGGGGGAGCGGAGAGGCGGGAGGUGCAGGCGAGGGGAGGAGGGGCGGGUCGCGGUGGGCGGAGGGUCUGGCGAGCCGGCAUGUGGCGCGGGCCAUGGGGGGGGUGGUGGCGGCGGCAGAGGCGGCACGGGAGGGCGUGGAGGGCGUGGGGAAGCCGAUGGCGCCGCUGCUGGCGUGGCUAGAAGACGCCGCUGAUGCCACCCCGCCUGAGACCCUUGCUGCCCUCGCUAGGUACGGGCUGCUGGAUGGGGGAGGUGGAGGCGAGGGAGUGUGGGAGGCGAGGGGUGUAGAAGUGAGGUGCGGGGAUGAGGGUUCUUCUGCUGCUGCUGCUGCUGCAGAUGGUGCUGCUGAUGGUGAUGCCACUCCCUCCUGCGCUCAUCCCACGCCAAGGGAGCUGGCCCGAGCGAGAGAGCAGCGCGAGGCAGAGCGGGAGAUUGCAGCAGUGGCAGCGCUGGCGGCGGCGGCGGCAGCAGGAGGCGAGGAGGCGGUGCGAGUGGGCAACGCGCUGACGGACUAUGUGGAGGCGCUGAGUGCGGUGGUGCAGGCGCAUGAGAGGGAGAUGGGGUGGGGGGACGAGGAGGCACACGAGGAGGUGAAGGCGCGCGCCAAGGGGAUGAUGGAGGAGCUGUACCUCUACGUGCCGGGCAUACGACCAUGGGACCUGGUGUGA